ACCCAAUAACAGUGGUCGGGCGGGCGCCUUCCCGGAGCGCGGGGAGAUGUAAAGACAGACAAAUAGUUUUCCCAAUGAGACUGUAGAAGAGAGGAGCUAAUUGACCAAUGAAGACUGCGGGGCGGGAACCUCUGCCGCGGCGGAGUCCAAGAUGGCGGCGUGCGGUUCCGCUGUGUGAAACGAGCGCGGGGCGGCGGGUUAGUCAGUUUCGCGGAGAAGACCUCCGACGACCCGCUACAAUGAAGGGAAAAGAGCGCUCCCCAGUCAAGCCGAAACGCUCCCGUGGUGGUGAGGACUCGACUCCCCGCGGGGAGCGGAGCAAGAAGUUAGGGGGCUCUGGUGGCAGCAAUGGAAGCAGCAGUGGAAAGACCGACGGCGGCGGCGGGUCGCGGCGCAGCCUUCAUCUGGACAAGUCUAGCAGCCGAGGUGGUAGCCGCGAGUACGACACCGGUGGGGGCAGCUCCAGUAGCCGCUUGCAUAGUUACAGCUCCCCAAGCACCAAAAAUUCCUCGGGCGGGGGCGAGUCGCGCAGCAGCUCCCGGGGUGGAGGCGGGGAGUCACGUUCCUCUGGGGCCGCCUCUUCAGCUCCUGGCGGCGGGGACGGCGGGGAAUACAAGACAUUGAAGAUAAGCGAGUUGGGGUCUCAGCUGAGUGACGAAGCGGUGGAGGACGGACUGUUUCACGAGUUCAAACGCUUCGGUGAUGUAAGUGUCAAAAUCAGUCAUCUCUCGGGUUCUGGCAGCGGGGAUGAGCGAGUAGCCUUUGUGAACUUCCGGCGGCCAGAGGACGCGCGGGCGGCCAAGCAUGCCAGAGGCCGUCUAGUGCUCUAUGACCGGCCCCUGAAGAUAGAAGCUGUGUAUGUGAGCCGGCGCCGCAGCCGCUCCCCUUUAGACAAAGAUUCUUAUCCUCCGUCAGCCAGUGUUGUCGGGUCCUCUGUAGGUGGUCACCGGCACCCCCCUGGAGGAGGUGGUGGAGGCCAGAGAUCACUUUCCCCUGGUGGCGCAGCCUUGGGAUACAGAGACUACCGGUUGCAGCAGUUGGCUCUUGGCCGCCUGCCCCCUCCACCUCCGCCACCAUUGCCCCGAGACCUGGAGAGGGAGCGAGACUACUCGUUCUAUGAGAGAGUACGCCCAGCCUACAGUCUGGAGCCAAGGGUGGGAGCUGGAGCAGGUGCUGCUCCUUUCAGAGAAGUGGAUGAGAUCUCACCCGAGGAUGAUCAGCGCGCUAACCGGACGCUUUUCUUGGGCAACCUAGACAUCACUGUGACAGAGAGUGAUCUAAGAAGGGCUUUUGAUCGUUUCGGAGUCAUCACAGAAGUAGAUAUCAAGAGGCCUUCUCGGGGCCAGACCAGUACCUAUGGUUUUCUCAAAUUUGAGAACCUAGACAUGUCUCACCGGGCCAAACUAGCAAUGUCUGGCAAAAUUAUAAUUCGGAAUCCUAUAAAAAUUGGUUAUGGCAAAGCUACACCCACCACCCGCCUCUGGGUAGGUGGCCUGGGUCCUUGGGUGCCUCUUGCUGCCCUGGCACGGGAGUUUGACCGAUUUGGCACCAUACGCACCAUUGACUACCGCAAAGGUGAUAGUUGGGCGUAUAUCCAGUACGAAAGCCUGGAUGCAGCUCAUGCUGCCUGGACCCAUAUGCGGGGCUUCCCACUUGGUGGCCCAGAUCGUCGCCUUAGAGUAGACUUUGCAGACACAGAACAUCGUUACCAGCAGCAAUAUCUGCAGCCUCUGCCCUUAACUCAUUAUGAACUGGUGACAGAUGCUUUUGGACACCGGGCACCUGACCCUUUGAGGGGUGCUCGGGACAGGACACCACCGUUACUAUACAGAGAUCGUGAUAGGGACCUUUAUCCUGACUCCGAUUGGGUGCCACCGCCGCCCCCAGUUCGUGAACGCAGCACUCGGACUGCAGCUACUGCUGUGCCUGCUUAUGAGCCACUGGAUAGCUUGGAUCGCAGGCGGGAUGGCUGGUCCUUGGACCGGGACAGAGGUGAUCGAGAUCUGCCCAGCAGCAGAGACCAACCUAGGAAGCGAAGGCUGCCUGAGGAGAGCGGGGGACGGCAUCUGGAUAGGUCCCCGGAGAGUGACCGUCCACGAAAACGUCAUUGUGCACCUUCUCCUGACCGCAGCCCAGAAUUGAGCAGUAGCCGGGAUCGCUACAACAGUGACAAUGAUCGAUCUUCCCGUCUUCUCUUGGAAAGGCCCUCUCCAAUCAGAGACCGGCGAGGUAGUUUGGAGAAGAGCCAGGGUGACAAGCGAGACCGUAAAAACUCUGCAUCAGCUGAACGGGAUAGGAAGCACCGGACAGCUGCUUCCACUGAGGGAAAAAGCCCUCUGAAAAAAGAAGACCGGUCUGAUGGGAGUGCACCCAGCACCAGCACUGCUUCAUCGAAGCUGAAGUCCCCUUCCCAGAAACAGGAUGGUGGGACAGCCCCUGCAGCAGCAGCCUCUCCCAAACUCUGUUUGGCCUGGCAGGGCAUGCUUCUGUUGAAGAACAGCAACUUUCCUUCCAACAUGCAUCUGUUGCAGGGUGACCUCCAGGUGGCUAGUAGUCUUCUUGUGGAGGGCUCAACUGGAGGCAAAGUGGCCCAGCUCAAAAUCACUCAGCGUCUUCGUUUGGACCAGCCCAAGUUGGAUGAAGUAACUCGACGCAUCAAAGUGGCAGGGCCCAAUGGUUAUGCUAUUCUUCUGGCUGUGCCUGGAAGUUCUGAUAGCAGGUCCUCCUCUUCUUCGGCCACCUCAGACACUGCCACCUCUACUCAGAGGCCACUUAGGAACCUCGUGUCCUAUUUAAAGCAAAAGCAGGCCGCCGGGGUGAUCAGCCUCCCUGUGGGGGGCAACAAAGACAAGGAAAACACCGGAGUCCUUCAUGCCUUCCCACCCUGUGAGUUCUCCCAGCAGUUCCUGGAUUCCCCUGCCAAGGCACUGGCCAAAUCUGAAGAAGAUUACCUGGUCAUGAUCAUUGUCCGUGCAAAACUGGUGAACAACGGAUGAAGAUACGGAAUUCAAAGCUCUAAUGGACCUUUUUGAAGAGAAGUUGUGGCUUAUGUGGAGUUUACAUGGGCCUCUUGAUGGAAGAAAGCUAAUCUGUUUAGUAUUUGUGCAUUUUACUAAAAUGGCAGCUUAAAGUUGUGUAUCUGCUAUUGUGAUGCCAAUGCCGGUGUUUUAAGUGGAAAAAAAAUGACCUUGCUUUGUGCUGUGUACACAAGAUUUCUGGAAAAGAAAAACCCUUUUUAUGGCUCACACAGCUUAAAAGUAGCUGUCACUCAAACGUGCGCUCACAGUUGAGCUGCUUUUGUUUUAUUCUAAAUAAAUUGUUUCUUUUGAGGAAAAUGUU